AAUCCGAUGCAAUUUUCCCAAGACAUAAAUAAAGAUAACUAUUGUGAAACAUAAAAUUUUAUUUUUCAUUCUCCAAGUCUUUUUCGCGUGAGUGGUCUUUAGCACUGACAAACACAAGACCACAGUAAGUUUGUGGGAAGAGUGAGGAGAAGAAUUAAAAGAAUGAAGGCGUUAGGAUGGUGGCUGAUAGUUGUUGGGACGCUUCGAUUAGCCUCCGUCUGGUUCGGUUUCUUCGACAUUUGGGCACUUCGACUCGCCGUCUUCUCUACUACUGCCAUGACUGAAGUUCAUGGACGCACAUUUGGAACGUGGACACUGUUGACCUGCACCCUCUGCUAUAUCUGUGCAUUCAACCUUGAUAAUAAGCCUAUUUACCUUGCUACUUUAUUGUCAUUUGUUUAUGCGUUUGGUCAUUUCUUGACCGAAUACCUAAUAUACCAAACAAUGGCGAUUUCGAAUCUCACUACAGUCGGCAUAUUUGCAGGAACAUCAAUAAUAUGGAUGCUAUUGCAAUGGAAUGCACAUCUGAAAGUCAGGUCGAAGUCUUCCAUUAGAAAGCAUUAGCAAGCAAAAUGUCAUGGGAUGAAAGUCUGAUGUGAUUGAUACUAUCUAAAACUCUUGCAUGCUUGGAUUCGCGGUGAGUUUGACUUUGAUUUUGCAAAAACUAUAGUGUAUCUUAAACAAAACUAUGGUGGCAAAUCUGUGAUACCAAACACGCACUGCACUGUCUGUUAGGAAAUCAAGAGACGAGUCUCUAAUAUCUCAUUGCCGUCCUUUUACUUCACUUUAAGCAAUUCAUUUUUGGGUUCUUAUGAGACAUCCAACAUUAAGAAUUGUGACUGACAAGCUCAAAUUAAUAUGAAAAAAUUGCAUGCGAAACA